CCCUGGAUGCCCCCAGGGUGGAACACGGGACAUCAUGGCUGAAGCCGUCCAUUACAUCCACCUUCAGAACUUCAGCAAGUCUCUUCUGGAGACCCUGAACGGGCAGCGUCUGGGCGGGCACUUCUGCGAUGUGACGGUGCACAUCCAGGAGGCCACGUUGCGCGCCCACCGGUGCGUGCUGGCCGCCGGCAGCCCCUUCUUCCACGACAAGCUGCUGCUGGGCUACUCCGAGAUCGAGGUGCCCCCUGUGGUGCCCAGCCAGGUGGUGCGUCAACUGGUGGAGUUCAUGUACAGCGGCUCUCUGGUCGUAGCCCAGUCCGAAGCUCUGCAGAUCCUCACCGCCGCCUCGAUCCUGCAGAUCAAGACUGUCAUCGACGAAUGCACCCAGAUCAUCUCCCAGAGCCGCAGCCCGAAACCGCCCGCUGCCUCCUCGUCGGUACCCCUCUCCCUUCCCAGGGUUCUGCCCACCAAACCCCAAGAGCAGCCCGCUAAGGAGGCUAUCGGUGGCAUCUCCCGGCCUGGGGACCUCGAGGCCGCCCACCUUGAGCCUCCCAAGCUGCUCUGUGCUUCUGAGGUGCGCUAUAAGCUGCGCGAUCUGCUCUCCUCCCAGCACAGGGAGGCGAGGGCAGCCACGUGCGAGGGGGGCCUGAGCGAUGGGGAAACGGGGGCUCCUUAUCUGCACCCCGCCGAGGCCACGACCAGCUGCCACAGCCGCAAGCAGCGCCAGCCGGUGCGCCUUCAGCUCUCCGAGGCCAUGCCCGUCAUCAUCAAGGACGAGGAAGAGGGUGUUGGAGAAGGCGGGGAGGGGGUGGCGGCCGAACGAGAAGCCAAGCUGAGCUGCUUCGCCGAGUGCAGCGGGAGCGGGAGCUUCCCCACCGGCUACAGCGAGGAGGCGGAGGCCAAGGAUUCCGGGGGGCCCGGCGGGGCCGGCAGGAAGGAGAACAUCCACUUGGACUACACCACCUCCGAGGGCCAGGACUUCUUUGGGAACCAAGAUGUGUUUUCAGAGUCCUUCAUCCCGACCUGGCAGGGGGAGGAAAGCGGCGAAGAGGCCGCCCCGUCGGCCACACGGGACAGGGAGAAGUUCCACUCGGACUGCAGCUUGGAGGCAUCCAACUUGAGGAGCCUGGCGGGGGAGUUCAAGUCGGACCUGGGCGGCCCUUCCUCGGCGUUCCCGCCCCGCAGCAGUAGCGGCAGCGGUGGCGGCGGGGGGCUGACCUUUGUCUCCUCCCUGGGCAUCCAGCGGGAGCUGAAGGCCGAGGUCAGCGGCGCCAACACGGCCACCAGCACCACAAGCAUCUUCCAGUUCCACCUCCCCCAGCCCGGCGGCGUGGCCCAGAGCUUUUACAGCAUACAGCAGCAGCAGCAAGAGGCGGGCGCCAGCAACAUGGUGCAGCUCAGCCCCAGCUCCAUCGUCCCAGGCACCCUGCACGGCGGAGAACAGCAGACCCAACAGCCUGGCCCCUCGCGCUGCUCCGAGCCCUCCUACCAGUGUAGCCAUUGCCAGAAAACGUUCAGCUCCCGCAAAAACUACACCAAGCAUAUGUUCAUCCACUCUGGCGAGAAGCCCCACCAGUGCAGCAUCUGCUGGCGCUCGUUCUCGCUGCGAGACUACCUGCUCAAGCACAUGGUGACCCACACGGGGGUGCGCGCCUUCCAGUGCUCCAUCUGCUGCAAGCGCUUCACCCAGAAGAGCUCCCUCAACGUGCACAUGCGCACCCACCGCCCCGAACGCUUCCAAUGCUGCAUCUGCAACAAGUACUUCUCCCACCGCACCCUGUUAGAGCGCCACAUGACCACCCACACGGCUUGGAAGGGCGGGCAGCCCGACGCCCCGGUAGCCAUUGUUGCCGCCUCCUCCUCCUCCACUGACUGGAAGGACAAACCAAGCAUCGCCGCCGCCUCCACCGAGGGGACCAUCGCCGCCACAUGGAAAACAGGAGAGCCAUCUUCCGAGAGUGCCAUCACAGCGUGGAAAGGGGGGGACCCAGUCUCUGGUGAAGGCAGCUUGGUGGCCUGGAAGGGGGAAGCUACUGGGGAAGGGCCAGUUACUGCUUGGAAAGGGGACCCAGCAGCGGAGGCAUCCAUACAGACUCACACCGCCUAGGAAGUUCCGCUUUGCCACUUUAUGAAGGGACCUUGCCCGUCCUCACUGUCCAGACAGGCAGCAUCAAGGCAUGCCUUGAUUCGUCAAAUUGGGAAGGGUGCCCAGCAUCCUGCAAACUGCAGAGGUUUCCGAUACAGGGCCAAGACUUCUCCUGUUGCAAGGCAGACUUUUUCAGGGUCUGGGAGUCAGGUUGCCAGGU